AUGGGCCUACAAGGCUUCAUCUUUUCCUUUCUGUCGCUGGCCCUUCUGGUCAGCGGCCAAUAUGAUGGAUCUCGAUACGCAUGGUAUACUUCUGCUGCCACCGAUUUUAACUCUGCCUUGCCGGUGGGCAAUGGCCGGUUGGGAGGCUUGAUGUAUUGCACUCCUACAGAGAGAGUUUCCUUGAAUGAAAACUCCAUCUGGAGCGGCCCCUUCUUGAACCGUCUCAACCCAAAUGCCAAGUCAGUUUUGACUGAAGUUCGCUCUAUGCUCGAGUCAGGAAACAUCACCGGAGCUGGCCAAGUCGCUCUGCCGAAUAUGGCUGGAAACCCAAAUUCGCCGCAACAUUACACGCCGCUAGGCCAGCUCAAUCUCGAUUUCGGUCAUAGUAGCCAAGGAUCGCUGAACCGGUGGCUUGAUACAUAUCAAGGGAACUCUGGCUGUAGUUACAUCUACAAUGGCGUUAACUACACACGAGAGAUUAUUGCCAAUUAUCCUACCGGAGUCUUAGCUAUGCGGCUUCAGGCUAGCCAGGCAGGUCAACUAAAUAUAAAGAUCUCCUUAUCACGAUUACAAAACGUUAUCAGCAACACUGCUUCCACAAGCGGAGGUGCCAACUCCAUCGUCAUGAAGGGAAACAGUGGAGGGUCCAACCCUUACUUUGCCGCAGAGGCCCAAGUUAUCGCCUCUGGAGGAUCGGUCUCUGCCUCUGGGUCUACCUUGUCGGUUAGCGGAGCAACGACUGUAGACAUUUUUUUCGACGCUGAAGCUUCUUAUCGGUACAGCACUGAAGCAGCUGCCGAAACAGAAUUGACAAGAAAACUGAGCAGUGCGACUAGUCAAGGUUACCAGGCAUUGCGAACAGCUGCCAUUGCAGAUAAUACAGCCUUGGUCGGCCGCGUUUCUCUUAACCUGGGUAGUUCUAGUGGCUCAGCUGCCAACCAACCUACGGAUAAACGACUGUCGAACUACAAAAGCAACCCUGGAAAUGACGUUCAGCUCGUCACACUCAUGUACAAUAUGGGCAGACACUUAUUAGUAGCUUCAUCCAGAGACACCGGCCCUCUUUCAUUACCAGCUAACCUCCAAGGAAUAUGGAAUGAAGACUUCAACCCUGCAUGGGGCAGCAAGUAUACGAUUAACAUAAAUCUGGAGAUGAACUAUUGGCACGCAGAGACGACAAACCUGGCAGAGACCACGAAGCCCUUCUGGGAUCUCCUUGCAGUGGCAAAAACUCGAGGAGAACUUGCAGCCUCGUCCAUGUAUGGGUGCAGCGGGUUUGUCUUGCACCACAACAUUGAUUGUUGGGGAGACCCUGCGCCGGUUGACUAUGGAACUCCAUACACUAUUUGGCCGUUGGGCGGAGUAUGGCUCUCAACUCAUUUAAUGGAGCAUUACAGAUUCACGGGAAACAAGACUUUCCUUCAGGAGACUGCUUGGCCGAUCUUACAGAGCGCUGCUGAUUUCUGUUUUUGUUAUACUUUCUUAUGGAACGGCUAUUAUACGACCGGCCCGUCCUUGUCGCCUGAGAACUCUUUCAUAGUCCCGUCGAAUGAGAGUAAAGCAGGCAAUGCAGAAGGUAUUGAUAUUUCGCCGACGAUGGAUAACUCCCUACUCUACCAGCUUUUCAGUGAUGUGAUUGAAGCUUGUCAGAUCCUUGGGUUGACAUCCAGCGAAUGCAGCAACGCAAAGAAUUACCUUUCCAAGAUUAAACCGCCUCAGACUGGCUCGUACGGACAGAUACUUGAAUGGCGCCAGGAAUAUGGCGAAACAGAACCCGGCAUGCGCCAUCUUUCACCUCUCUUUGGCCUCUACCCCGGAUCACAGAUGACUCCUACCGUCUCCUCCUCACUAGCAAGCGCAGCUGGAAUCCUGCUUGACCAUCGUAUAAAAUACGGUAGUGGCGACACGGGCUGGUCACGCGCCUGGGUCAUUGCCUGCUAUGCGCGUCUCUUUAAUGGCAACUCGGCGUGGAACAGCGUGCAGACCUAUCUACAAACCUUCCCUCUAACAAACUUGUUUAACAGCAAUAAUGGCCCACCCAUGCAAAUCGACGGAAAUUUCGGUUUCACUGCUGGUGUUACAGAGUUGUUCCUCCAAUCUCAUGCCAACCUCGUUCAUAUUCUGCCAGCUCUUCCAUCGUCAGUCCCUACUGGUAGCGUUACUGGUCUCGUUGCACGCGGCGGGUUUAAGGUCGACAUCCAUUGGUCAAACGGUGUUCUUGGAUCUGCAACUAUCACGUCUAACUUGGGUAGUACUCUUGCGCUAAGAGUGGCUAACGGAAGCUCCUUCCAGGUUAACGGCCAGACAUAUUCAGGAGCGAUUGGUACCAAAGCUGGAGGGGUUUACAAUGUUAUUUUACAGUAG